AGAUGGACGAACUAAUCACCCUGGAAGGUGCUUCUCAAUCUGAACAAAUCAUUGGAUCCCAUGAUUUUUGCAACUUUUCCAAUAUCACCCAUCAUGAGCACGAUGAGCAAUCGAUUUCGAUUGUCUGGUGGAGCAACGUGGCAGUUUUACCCGUGAUUGCUCUGAUAGGAUUGGCUUGUAAUCUACUUAAUAUGGCGGUGCUGACCUCGAAUAAAACAGCACGCCGAAUCCCUUCGUGGAACCUUUUAAUAGCUCUCGCAGUAUGUGAUAGCUUAUUUUUGAUAUUUGCUACUCUGGAUGUAACUCCAUUAUCUAUUCCAUCACUGGCAUUUUCCACUUCUUUCAAUCAUUUUUAUUCAAGAAUUGUGCUUUAUAUUCGGACAUUGGCAUCAACUUUCUACAAAAGCAGUGUUUUAAUUGUUGUGGCCUUCAACAUUGAACGUUACCUGUGCGUCGUUUGUCCGCUAAACUCGCAUCGAUGGUGUACUUCAAGAAACUCGAAAAAUGCGAUUGCCACUGCAAUUGUGCUCUCAUUCCUGUGCUCCAUUCAAUGGCCAUUGGCCUAUGACACAAUUCGUUGUUUCGAAAGCAAUUCAAAUCAAUACUACUACGUGAUUCUAAUGUCGACAAACCGUGCUCUUCAGAUUUACUACCGAACAAUGGACUAUGUGUCUUUAUUCGCUUUCAAUGUCCUCCCAAUUAUUGGUCUUCUCUACAUGAAUUCUCGAAUAAUCUUCACUCUUCGCAGAGUUGUUGAUGAAGAUUCAAGAAAAUACGAAGAAACCAAACUUUCCGAUGGUUUGAUUCAGCAUGAUGCUCAUAACAACCGAACUAUGAGAGCAAAUGCAAUGCUUUUCGCAGUCGUCUUCAUGCUUUUCUUCUGUGUUGGACCUCAGGCUCCUGCAAGAAUUCUGUUCGAUAUGUAUGGACAGUAUCAUCCAAAAGCCAUACUUUAUGUAUGUUUGAGCCAACAACUGGUAUUCCUGAAUGCGUCACUCAAUUUCUGUUUGUAUUGUGUUGUGUCAAAGAGAUAUCGAACGUUGAUGAAACAGACUUUGAAGAAGUUCUUGCACAAACUUGAAGGAGUCGACCAUCCAUUCCAAAUCAAUCUGAAACAAACAAAGAGCAGCUCGGCACAUGUGACAUCUCUUGAGGAUCAUCAUGCUCACCUCAUUCAAAAUGUCUAGAUCAUACUUGCUUACUCAAAUCAGAUACACGGGUUCUCUCCCUCAUUCCUAGCAUUUUGCACAUACAUAUAUGUAUUACUAGGUUCAUGCUUUAUAUGUACUUUUAUUCCACGGGUUUUACCUUGAUUCCAGUCCUUGUAAUUAGAAUGAUGAUCUUCGGAGACAGAGAAUAAAUCGGUAUUGUUUUUU